AUGAAGUUUGAGAUAACAAUUUUAAUUGCCUUCCUUGCCUCCGGGCCUCCACUCUGCUCAGCCUGGGGGAAUAUGGGACAUGAAGCUGUUGCGUACAUUGCAACCAAUUUCGUCACGACUCCAACCAAGACAUACUUCCAGAACAUCUUGGGAGACACGACCACAGAUUAUCUAGCAGCCGUUGCCACUUAUGCUGAUACCUAUCGGUACACAACGGCGGGGCUUUACUCAAAGCCGUAUCACUUUAUCGAUGCGAAUGACAGCCCUCCGUCGAGCUGUUCGGUUGAAUACAGCCGUGAUUGUGGAAGUGAGGGUUGCGUCGUGAGUGCCAUUAAGAACUACACCUCGCGUGUUCAAAGCGGUACUCUCAGUGCAGCGAAUGUUGCACAAGCGGCCAAAUUUGUGGGCGACAUCCAUCAACCCCUUCACGACGAGAACCUCGACGUGGGCGGAAAUGACAUUACCGUGACCUUCGACGGAACAUCCACGAACUUGCACCACAUCUGGGACACAAACAUGCCCGAAAAGUACGCCGGAGGCAGCACAAUCGCCGUCGCAAAAACAUUCGCGGCCACACUCACCACGGCCAUAAAGACUGGCAAGUAUGAAUCAGAUAAAGCUGGCUGGCUCACAGGCAUCGACAUCACGGACCCUGUUUCCACGGCUAUGGUCUGGGCAUCAGAUGCUAAUUCUUUUGUGUGCUCGACUGUGAUGCCGAAUGGAGUGUCGGCGGUUGAGGGCGUGGAUUUGGGUGGCGCUUAUUAUACCGCUGCUAUUCCUAUUGUGGAAGAGCAGAUUGCGAAGGCGGGGUAUAGGCUUGCGGCGUGGUUGAAUCUCAUCGCAACAGGUAGCACAGGUCUUUAAUCUUGAGGUGGCUGUCAAGUAGAGGUGAACUGGAAGCACAUCUCCAAGCGGAGUGCCAAACCAACGAAUUUUCUUUUCUUUUUCAGAGUCAAAAGUGCAUCACGUAAUGUACAAAGCUCGUACUCUAAAUGGCAACGAGGAUAAUUUUUC